GUCACUCCACCCCCUCCACCUCCUCCUCACUGCUGCUGACUCCGUUGCUCACUCUCCUCUUGCCUCCCUGUCUCACUCGUCUUCGGAUGCCAGUGGCUCCUAGUCAUGGAGGAGACAACAGUCACAGACCAGCCAGAGGCAUCAAUCAGGAAAACGUCUGCCGGUGAAGAUGAGGAAGUGAAGAGUUCCACUGCAGGAAGUGAAGAUGGCUGCAAAUUCAGCAAACUCCCUGCAGUUGAGGACGUCGUGCUCACGCAGCCCGGCCUCGGCGUCACCACCACGACCAUCACCACCAUCACCCAGACGGGAGGAAACUGGAGCACUGGCCUGUUCAACAUCUGGGGAGACAAGACGACAUGCCUUCUCGGGGCUCUGGUGCCAUGCUGCUUGGACCUCAGUUUGGCUCACCAGUAUGGAGAGUGCCUCUGCUUGCCUCUCCUACCAGGAUCCACUUUUGCCAUUCGGGUGGGGAUCAGGGAGCGUUACAAGAUACAGGGAAGUGUGUGUGAGGACUGGACUGCUGUGUACUGCUGCUACCCUCUGGCUGUGUGUCAGAUGAUAAGAGAGAUGAAGCAGAGGAUGAAGACCCAGACCUAUCAUGUGUCCACGGCUCUGGAAUGCUCCUGAAGACCCGGAGACCUUUCCUUUAACAGUGAAAUAGAGAUUAACCCGAUGAAUCAAUACUGUAACUCUUGAACUUGCUUUAAAAUGCCUCCAAGGAUCCUUUGGGAAAUAAAUUAAGUCUAUUGCUUGUCAUUCAAAA